AUGCCGUGGACUGUGACAAACUCAUUCAAGCGAGGUCUCAUGAUGAAAACUUACGGACGGCCACUUUGGCGCGUCUACGACGAAGACCAACGGCCUGCCGCCAAAAAACGACGCGUUCAAUCCGGCAAUGAUUCCGACGAAGCCGAAAAUAGCAUCCAAUAUGCCAUCCGCGAGUCUUCCGCCGCCAUCAUGUCCAGUCCGUCGCGUCGCAAUUCUAUUCUUCUCUCCGAAGGCACGCAGGAAGAUGAUCUAUCGACACCCCCAUCUUCUCCCCCACCGCGAUUAAGCCCCCCUCCCGCCAACACGCGGAAACCCACGUUUGCCUUCUUGAAGCGUAAACAGUCCGCCACCAAGGAUGCCAGCAAUGGCACCCCUGUUACGAAUGGCACUACCACCAACGGCACCACGAAUGGCACCCCACUCACCGAGGUCAACUCUAACAGCGUGCGCGCCUCGGUGGACCCGCCCAAGAAGAAAGCGCCGCAGCCGCAGCAGCCGCCAGUCUUGAAGCAGAUGCAGAUCGACCUGGGCCACGAAGUACGGAGGACGUGUGCAACUUGUGGCAUGGAAUACGUGCCGUCGAACACGGAGGAUGCGGCAUUGCAUAAGAAGUUUCACGAUAUGAACUCCACAGGGGUAGAUCUGGGGAAGGCCUUCAUGCGGGCCAACGCAUCACGCUGGGUCUACGAAGCUACACGGUUUGACGAGGGAUAUGUGGUCAUCGUGGAUCGCAAGGCAUCGCCGACCGCGAAGAACCAAGCGAAGAAGGUGCUGGAGGUCAUUUGCAAGGAGCUGUCGUCCCCGACGAUCGAGGAUGAGGUUCUGUGGAGUCAAACGGAAGCGCCCAAGCAUCUGCAACAGAACGGAGUACCGGAGAAAGUGGACCGGUACAAGGUGUUUUUGCACAUGAAGGACAGUCGAUGUGUAGGGGCAUGCUUGACGGAGCGAAUUUGGGAGUCACGGCCGGUCAAGAAGUCGGCCGUUUCGGGCAAUGGACCGGACUCGUCGGUCACGGUGGGAGAGGAAAGGCAUCCGGCCAUCGUGGGCAUUUCGCGCAUAUGGACAUCGGGCUCUUCACGCCGGAAAGGCAUUGCCAUGGAUCUGUUAGACUGCGUGGUGAGCAACUUCAUCUACGGGAUGGAAAUCCCCAAGGAGCAGGUGGCGUUCAGCCAACCGACCGAGAGCGGCAAGGGGCUGGCGCAGUCAUUCUUCGGCAACGAGGAGUGGCAUGUUUACGAGGAAAGCUAA